UUGUAUGUUUUUGUUUUCAUUUAACUCAUAUUCAGUACCCAAUGCAUGAAGCGUACUGUUCGAAUAAUAUUGUGAUAAACAUUGUAUCUGUUUUAAUUCCAUUCUUGUUUGUUAUUAUUAAAACAUUCUGUAUUAAAUAUGGGAAAAGAAAAAGAGAAGGCUGUAUGCUGUCAUUGCGAGAAACAAUUUACAACGACUUCCAAUAUGUAUCAACAUAUUCGAGAGGUCCAUGGCGUGGAACCUGCGAAUUUUGGUCGUUUGAAAUGCCCAGGUUGUCGCAACAACUUUCCGAAUUAUGAAAGUAUAAGAAAUCACAUUACAAGAGUACAUAAUGUUAAAUGCGAUUUAGAAGAACAUCGUUUCCCAACUGAAAAAGAUUUUUUUGAAUGGAAGUACAAAGUGGAAGAAGAAAAAAAAUGCUUAUAUGUACGUCAUUCUGCUCCUAGAAUUGCUGCUAAUAAAGAAAGUGUGUAUUAUUAUAUAUGCCAUCGUAGUGGUCAUCAUAAAAGUCGUUCAACUGGCAAAAGACCUUCAAAACUAGAAUCAAAUAAAAUAGAUGCUCAUUGUCCUUCUACCAUGAUGGUUAAAGUUUCUAAAAAAAGAGUAUAUGUUUUAUUCUGUCCAAUUCAUUAUGGACAUGAAGCAACAGUUGGGCGUGAAAGAAGACAUCCAAAAGAUCCAAGUUCUUCUGAUAAAAAAGCAAAAGAUGAUAAAAUCAAUGAAGGGUCGAAAUCUUCUUUGCAAAAAACUCUAGAUGGUGUUCAGCAUGGAACAGAAGAAAGUGAGCAUUUACAGGCCCUCAUCAAAAAAGAUGUACAAAAUAUCAAAAAGGACUUUGCUGCACGUAGUUCUGAAGAAAAUCAUGAAAAUGAAAUUGCAAGUAUCAGAUGGUGGGUACAGUCUGUAUCGCAACUGGAAGAUAAUCCUAUAAUUUUUUAUAAAGAUCAAGGAGCUGCUGAUAUGACAGGAUUCCUCAGUGAUGAAGAUUUUUGUUUAAUAAUUAUGACCAAAUUUCAACUAAAGAUGCUCACAGACUUCUGUAAUCCAAAAAUCUGUAUUGAUACUGUGCAUGGUGCAAAUGCCAAUGAUUAUUAUUUGACAACUAUGUUAACUGUUGAUGAAUUUGAUGUAGGAUGCCCAGUGGCAUUUUGUAUUUGUAAUAGAACAAAUAUUGAAGUGAUUAAUUUCUUUUUCAAUUAUAUUAGAAGUAAAGCAGGUGUAAUUAGUACUACUGUUUUUAUGUCUGACGAUGCACCUGAAUUUUAUAAUGCUUGGGAAGUAGUUAUGGGAGCAUCUCAAUAUCAGUUGCUAUGUCCAUGGUUAGUUGAUAGGAACUGGAGAAAAAAUCUUUCGAAAAUCAAUCCCAGAAUUAAAAAAAUUACUGUUUAUAAGACUUUAAGAGUAUUACUUCAAGAACCUAAUUUAGAAUCUUUCAUGGAAAUGGAGAAAAAUUUUGUUAAGUUGCUUGAAGAUGAUCCUGAUACAAGGAAGUUUAAAAAGUAUUAUUCCACAUAUUAUGCACAACGUGUUCAACUCUGGGCAUUUUGUUACAGAAAGCAUUUAGGUAUCAAUACAAAUAUAUACUUGGAAGCUUUUCAUAAAGUUCUUACACAUGUUUACCUUGAAGGUAAAAGAGUGAAAAGAAUUGACAAAACAUUAGAUGCAUUAUUAAAAUUAAGUAAAGAUAAAAUCUUUGAAAGGAUGUGUAAUAUAGCUAGAAAAAUUCCUUCCUCUUCUGAAACAAAUGUUCAGAAUCAUUUGCAAAGUAUAUUAAUAACGGAUGAAAUGAUAACACCUGUUAUUGAAGAUCAAGAAUGGAAAGUGAAAUCAUCUCAUGAAAUUCCUAGUACAUAUACUGUGAGAAAAUGUCUUAAACCUGUGUGUCGUUCUUGCAAAUGUUCCCCACUUCAUCCCAAUUCUAAUAUUUGUAUUCAUGAAUAUGAAUGUUCAUGCUAUGACAAUGUCAUUAAAUUCAACAUCUGUGAACAUAUACAGGCUUGCUUAAGAGUUAUUGAAUCUAAGAAAAAACAACCUGUUGCUACUCAGUGCAGAGUAAUUGUGAUCAACGCACAGGCUCUUAAGCAACAAAAUACAAAUUCUAAUUCUGAUGUAGAAAUAGCAUUCAAUAAAAAAUUAAUGCUUCUGAAAGAACUUUCCAAUUCUGUAAAAACAAGAAAUACAUACUUGCAAGCUAAUACAUUACUUGAUAAAUGUAUAGCAUUAUUUAAAGAGGCCAAAGAUUUAAAUUCAAUUGUUGAUUCAAAUGUGAAGAAUGCUGUCACUGUCAGUGAAUCUUAGCAAUUCUUCAAAACAUUUACUGUUAUGUUUAAAGGAUGGUAAUUUUUGUGACUUAUUGCAAUAUAUUUAACUUCUAUCUUCUUUCUGUAAAUAUUUGUAAUUUUAUUUUUUCUUGUUGAUAUUUUAUUUGUAUUAAAUUUUAAAAAUAUUGGUAACUAUUUUGAAAUCAUUGAUGUUUGUAGUAAAAAAUGUCACUAUUUCUCCUUAUAAUCCUCCAUGUAUUGAAUGUGUAAAUACAUAUAAAAUUAGAAAUAAAAGAAAAUGGUGCUAUUCUACAGGAUGAACAAAUUUAACUAAUUUUGGUUUGUAUUAAUUCAAAUGUAAAAUUUAUAUUGUUUCUAAUCUUUGAUCCUUAGCCUUAGUUACUUCAGGCAGUUGUGUUGAAAUGGAUGAAUAUUAAAAAAACAAUAGAAAAG